AUGAAACUUUAUUCGCCAUUUGGUGAUCAUUCAACUGCUCAAUCUGUCCUGAAAGGUAAUGUCAUCACAUUUAUGCAAAAUGUGCCGAACAUCGUAUCAAGUCUUCCGUUGAAAGCAGAUGAUCUGUGUGAUACAAUCAAAAUUAUAUUUAUUGGUGCCCAUAAACCAGAUCGGCAGCAAUUGCGAAAGAUUUGUGGUGUGAACAAACAAAAAGUACGUAACGCUUUGCUAUGGUUGAAGAAGCACAAUUAUCUUUAUCAAAAGAUUCCUAUCAACGAAGCCAACAUUGAUAGUCUGCCCGAUGAUGAUGUUCCGGAAAGUCUAUGGAACACAAUAGAUACAUUAGAAGAUAUUAGCAAUGCUGAAACAGAACGUAGUGGUUUAUCGAAUGAAGUCUUAGAUAAUACUGACGAACUAAGUGGACAAAACGAAUCGAGCAUUAUUACUUUGAGUACAAGUGCUGUGCUCGAUGUGAAUGGAACUACUAUUACAACAAAAGAUAUUAGUGAACAUCUUGUGCACAAAAUCAAUGCUAAUACAGAAAAACCACAAGUAGAGGUAUUAAAUAAUAUUGUGGAAGAUGAAGAUGAAAAUGAAGAUGUAGUUUAUUUGAUUCCUCGCUCAGCUAUACCAGCAAAUGAGAUUUUAAAUCAAGAAUUAAUACUUGGUCUAUUUCCAACGCUUUUCCCGUAUGGAUAUGGAGCACCACAUGACUUAUCGAGACCAGUCUCGGUUUCUUUGAAGCAGCAUAUUCAGUAUUUACUUAGAUACAGUGAUCAUCGUUUUGAAAAGCAUCAUUCAUUUAUAUUUGUCCUUUUUAAUAUGAUGCAGCGACAGCAAGCAUGCUACAAUGCAUCUCUUAUGGCAUCACGACCUUACUUUCGAUCUAUUGCAUCUGAUCUUGAGACGUUGACUAGCAAAGAAAUUGAGAUCGCGUUAAAUAAUAUCUCUAAGGACAAGUUCUCUUGUGUUACUGAUUCUCGCAUUAAGAUGCUGAUGAAUCAAAUCCGAACAGUUGGUGGUCAUGUAAUGGGUUCAACCUAUUCUCGUUCUAAUUUACGUACUCAAAUUCAUGCGCUUAUAUACAGUCAGGGUUUGCCAAGUAUUUUCAUUACUAUUAAUCCAGCUGAUAUUCACAGUCGGGUUGCUCUUUAUUUUGCUGGUGUUGAUCUUGACCUUGACAAAAUUUUACCCGAAACUAUUCCAUCAACUUUUGAACGUGCUCAGAUAAUAGCAUCUCAUCCUGUAGCAACUGCUCAUUUCUUUAAUGUACUAAUCUCAUCAAUUCUUGAUAAUCUAAUAAUGAAGGGAGUUCUCGGACCAAUGAAAGCCUACUUUGGCACAGUCGAAAGUCAGGGUCGAGGCUCAUUACAUUUGCACAUGCUUCUCUGGCUCGAUCAUGAUAUAACACCUUCACAAAUGAAAGAGAAAAUUCAAAACGAAGAGUUUCGAAAAAGCUUUAUCAACUACUUGGAGGAUAUCAUUAAGGAGGAUCUUAGCAUGUUCAUACCUGAUGGCUCUAACAUUAACGAUCUCGAACAACAACAAGCAUCUUUGGGACAUAAUUAUCAAUCAGAUUCUGUGAAUGUUGAUAGUCGUGAACAAAUGUCCAAUAAAAAUCGUUUUGACAACGAAGCCACAUCUUUACCACCAGCAAUGAUGUUGACUCCAAACCCAGCAUUACCAAAUUUUCCGUCAGUUUUCAAAAGAGAUGUUGUACAGUUAGUCAAUAGCGGCAAUAUUCAUCACCACACGGGUUCGUGCUAUAAAUAUUCGAAAAAACGUGAUAAUCCUGAGUGUCGUGUUCAUAUGCCACGAAAAAUCGUAAAAGAAUCAACAAUUGAUACACAGUCGGGAGAAGUUAAACUGAAACGGCUUCACGAAACUAUAAAUAAUUUUAAUGAAUACAUUAUUACUGCCUGUCGAUCUAAUAUGGAUAUUAAAUAUAUCUUUAGUGGUAGCGAUUCGAAAGCAUUAGUAUAUUACAUUACGGAUUAUGUGACAAAAUCAAAUUUAUCAUUUUAUGAUACGUUUGGCCUUAUGCUCAAAGCUACUCAAUAUUUGGAAAAAAGGGCAACUCAAGUCAACAAUAUUCUAAGUGCAGAAGAAAAAUCACGCAAACUUGUCCUUCGUUGCUAUAAUACGCUUGCUUCACAACAAGAACUCUCCGGUGUUCAAGUUGCUUCGUAUCUUAUGAGUUGGCCUGAUCAUUAUACAACUCAUGAAUUCGCCAAUAUCUUUCUGAUUGGUAUUGAGCACUAUUUGCAAGCGACUCUGGAAGAGGAAAAGGUAAAACAGCAAUGUUUAGUAGAAGAUACAAUUAAUAAUGAAAAUGACGAAGAAAACUAUGCUGAAUUUGAAGAGCAGUUUACUCUUCAAUUGGUUGAAUCCAUAAAUGAAUAUGUGUAUGUGAAUGGUCGACUUGAUUAUCAAUAUCGUUCUAAAUCACUUGAUGCCUUAUGUCUGUAUGAUUACGUGCGUCUUUAUCGAAAAAAGUUGAUUGAUGCCUAUGAUAAGAAGCAGUUACAGGCUCGUACAACAGCAGAGACCAUCGAAUCUACAGAUUUGCGACGUGGUCGUCCACCAUGCGAGAGAGUGUUAUUUGAAGUCCCACAUCCCCAGGUAUCAUCACAUUUGAACAUAAAGCGUACUAAGCCCGUUGUUCCAGUACUACUUGGUCCUGCGAUACCGCGACGAGAUCGAGAUGAUACAAAAGAACGUUACUACCGAUCUAUUCUGACUUUAUUUGUACCAUGGCGAUCAGUUGCUGAUCUAUGCAGUAUCAAUCAAACUUGGGAACAAGCAUUCGAAGUUCAUGAAAAAACUAUUACUGCUGAGUCGCAUAAAAUUAUCGAAAAUAUUCAAUUGCUUCAUGAGUGUAAAAAAGAUCGUGAUGAACAUCUAAAACAAGUAAUUGAAGCUAUUCAAACUGAAACUAUUGAUCAUCAUUUUUAUCCCAGUGAAAUGGAGGACGAUAAUGUUGAGGAUAAUGAUGCAGUCCUCGAUGUUUUGGAAAAUUUAUAUAUAAAUGAUUUAUAUUCACCAAAGAAUAUUGGAAUUGGAGCUGAAGAAAAUUACUUCCGAAAAAUCGUACAGAAUAUUGAUCGAAUUGAUCGAUUUAUACACAUUAAAGGUGUAGGACCAACAAAGAAUCUGAUUUACACAAGAAAAUCGGACAAACUGAUAUUUGAAGACAAAAAACAUCUUAUACCACUUACCGAUGAAUUAAUGAAACUCAGUUACAGAUGGCAACGCAAAAUAAAUGACGAAAAGGAGCGUCGCCGAAAUAUUUACAUGAACGAAGAAGAUAAUAGUGUUGAGAUAGAACAGACUGACAAGGAAGAUGAUCAACUUUUUAUAAAACCUGUGGAGGAUUCAUUGUUACAUUAUAAUGCAAGUGCAUCGUUGAGCCUUGAAUCAAUUCAACCGGUUUCCACGAUGAUUGUUAUUAAUAGUUACAGUCAAGAGCAAAUCGCUUUAGAAUUUACGUUAAAUAAGAAUCAAAAGGCUGCAUUUAUGAUCAUCACCAGUCAUCUUAAUGCAAAUGACGAAACAAGUUCAAAUGGUAAACAAGAACAAUUGAUCAUGUGUGUACCCGGCUGUGGCGGUACUGGAAAAUCCCAGUUGAUUCGGGCUAUAACCGCUUAUUUUGACCAGACCAAGCGUGCACGUAAGUUGCGAAAGCUAGCUCCAACAUCAGUUGCAGCAGCAGAAAUUGAUGGAAUGACAAUUCAUUCUUUUCUGGGCGAAAGUCGAAAUCCGAAGGCUAGGCUAAAACUUCGAACACGUCCUGGUCAAACAAUAUUGGAAAACAAAUGGCGUUUUGUAGAGUAUCUUAUUAUCGAUGAAAUGUCUAUGGUUGUGCUCAGUUUGCUGGCUCGUUUGAGCAGAGUUAUUGCCACUGCCAAACAUUCGGAUCCCACUCUACCUAUGGGAGGUAUAAACAUCAUCUUCUUUGGAGAUUAUAUGCAAUAUUCACCCGUAUUCGAUAAACCUCUCUAUCAUGAAUGUUUGCCGGUGAAAAUCAACAAAGCUGGUGCCGGUAAUAAACUACCAACUGAAACUGACAUACAACAGAAAAGUGCACGAGCAAUUAUUCUGCAAAUCAAUUGUGUCGUGGUACUCGAAGAACAAAUAAGAACCAAGGAUCCAGUUUAUCGAGAUUUAUUAAACCGAGUUCGCCAAGGAGAAGGAACAUAUGAAGACUGGUUAUUGCUUCGAACGCGUGUGAUUGGUAUUGGUUUACAGGUUUCCCUCAAUGACCCACCGUGGAACGAGGCACCAAUCCUCGUGUACCGCAAUGAAGUGCGGACGGAGCUAAACAACAGAGCAGUGAUUAACAAAGCUUACGAAGUGGGACAAUCUCCAACUGUUGUAGUAGCUCAAGACACAAUCAAAACAAAGAAAAACAUUGAUCUACCUCACCUUACCAAACAACUUCUUACAUUACCAGACAAUAAAACCGAACAUUUGCCUGGCUAUUUACCACUGGUGCCUGGCAUGCCGGUUUUGCUACAAGAAAAUAUAGCAUGUGAACUUGGUUUGUCAAAUGGAACACCAGGCAUUUUUCGUAAAUUGAUUUAUGAUGAAACGUCAGGACAUACUACAGGCUUGGAAGAAUCAUUAUUUACUCCAGACACAUUGUUUGUACGUAAUGCACAAUAUGCUUUAAUCGAAACACGAAACUCUAGAAUAGAUCAACUUGAAUCACUUGAAUCCUCAAUCAUUCCUAUUCCAGUCAUCGAAAAGACAUUUGAUGUUGAUCUAAAGAAGCUCUAUGCAAACCAAUCAUCAAUAUUAAAAUCAUUGAAUGAUCAAAAAAUAAAGGCAACCAUCAAUGUCAAGAGAAGAGGCUUGCCUCUUAUCCCUGCCUAUGCCAUCACAACUCACAAAAGUCAAGGUCAGACGUUGUCCAAAAUCGCCAUCGAUCUGAACAUGCCACCGGGUAUAGUAGAAGUAGCUUCUGCUUAUGUACCACUUUCACGUGUACAACGUCUCGACGAUCUCGUCAUUUUACAAGACUUCCAUAUUAAUGCCCUGCAAGUGAAGCCUUCUAAGGCACAAAUAGAUGAAAUCUCAAGAUUACAUGAUCUUUUUAAACAAACAAAAGAAAAAUAUGCUCGCUACUUCUAUUGA